AUGAAGAGAUCUUUGACAUUUGUGAGGACAUUGCUAAUUACUGAUUGCGACAACAUAAAGCCAGGAUUACUAACAAGAUCAGGCCGUAUAAAGCUAGAAAUAUAUCAAAAAACAGAACUAUCUAACCAAAACAACCAGAAAAUCCAUCAAUCCAAACGUUCACUACAAGAUCAAAGACUAAAUGAAGGACUAAACAAACCCCUACCACCAGAAAACGUGGGAUUCAAACUCCUUUGCAAAAUGGGGUACCAACCUGGGAAGGGACUUGGCCUAACAAAGGGAAUUGUGGAGCCACUGCCAGUAGAAAUCCCCCAAGCGAAAUUUUCAAUCAAUUUAUUAAAACGUUUUUUAAGUGCGCAAAAAAGCUGUGAAAAUCUUGAUCUGUCGGCGGGGGUUGAGAGGCCUGUUUGGGACUAUUUCUGGCCGGGUUGUCUGCCUCAGGAUAAUGAGGAGUUGGAGUUUUUAUUAGUUUUUUACUUACAUAGAGUGGCCAAAAAUAUGGUCCCACAUCGAGGUAGUAUAUAA